AGCCUAUCGUGCGCAGCAAGGUGGACAAACCCGAUUUCCCAGCUGCUUCCGCCCUCCCGGGUCGGGUCGGCCGGUUACCUUGUGCUCCGUUUCACACUUCCCCCGCACGCACCUCCCAUCCCGUCCCCCACUCCCGUCUGGCCCGUCACCCCCGCUACAUAUACGCCGCGCUUCCCUCGCCCCCCACACCGGCACCAGCACCAGCACCAGCACCCCUCCUCUCCUUUUCAAAUCCCUCCCUUUCUUUUCUUUUCUUUUUUUCAAAGGAACAGGAACACAUCGCCGCCUUCCUCCGCUCCCUCCCCCAUCCAUCCACUCAUCCAUGGCCGCCGCCUCGCCCGAGUUCUUCAAGCCGCCCGCCGCCUUCUCGCCGCGCCUCCGCCUCCUCGCCGCCGACGGCGCCGACGACGACUACCACCGCUGCUGCCGGACGCCCACGGGCGCCGGGGUCGGCUGCCUGGGCCAGGCCGCCACCUGCCCGCCGGCGCCGCGGAAGCCGCGCCCGCGCCCCGACGCCGCCUGCCGGAAGCGCCUCUUCGACGUCCAGGUCAUCAGCCUCCGCUUCGACGACCUCGACGCCAUCUUCCGCCCCUCGCCGCCGCCGCCCUGCCACGACCACAACAACAACAACAACAAGCAGCAGCACCGGAGCCGCCGCUCGCUCGGCAGGCUCGCUUAAAUUGAGUUGAGUUGAGUUGAGUUGACACCUGUGUGGAUGGAAUCGAUGAUGUAUCAGCCAUCUUCAGUAGCGGUAGCCACGACCCAUACUUCGCCUCACGCACGCACCCAUCCUCUGUAAUCAUCCAUCAUAUCAUAAUAAUAUUAUUACUACGUAUUAUUAUUUCUA